CCCCCCUCCGGUAUAAAACGGAGCGCAGACUGAACCGACACAAACAGUGAGAGCAGCUUCCGGUGUCAGCUCCGCUCACUCGGACUCAUCUCUGAAUCUUAUUCGUCACAGUUUUAUUUUGCUUUGACAUUUUUGAAGUUUCAUAUUUCAGCAUCAUCCAGCAGCCGCCGGCGUCGCUGUCGGUCCAUCAUGGUCCUGUCUUCGGUCAACAAGAUGAAAGUCUUCCAGCUGGUGUUCUCCGACACCGGCAGGUCCUUCUACAGCAGCGGGGACAAAGUGUCCGGCUCCGUGCGGCUGGAGGCGGCUCAGCUCUGCAAAGUGAGCGGCCUCAGGGUCUCCGCCGCCGGCUGCGCCCGCGUGGAGCACCGCGGCGGAAAGAACCGCAGGAGCCGCAGCCAGGAGGUGGAAUACCUGAAGUACGAGGAGGAGCUGCGGCUGGAGGAGCAGCUGACGAGAGACUCAGACGGCUGUUUCCUGCUGCAGCCCAGUAAAACCUACAGCUUCCAGUUCGGCUUCGAGCUGCCGGCGCCGGGGCGUCUGGUGUCGUCCUAUAAAGGAAAGUUCGGUUACGUCCGGUAUUACGCCCGGGCGGUGCUGGACCGGCCUUCCCAGCAUGCUUUGCAGUGUGAGAGGGAGUUUGAGGUGGAGGAGCCGCUGGAUGUCAACCGACCUGACCUGCUGGCUCCGGCCGCCGCCUCCAAACAGAAGAAGGUCACCUGUCUGUUCAUACCUGAUGGUCAGGUGUCCAUCACUGCUCAGAUUGACAGGAAGGGAUUCUGUGAGGGAGAAGACAUCAACAUCAGUGCCAAGUUUGAGAACACGUGUUCACGUAUUGUAGUGCCAAAGGCCGCCAUCAUCGCCAAACACUUGUACGUCGCCGACGGACACAGCAAGGUGUUGCGUCAGAAACUGUCGGCGGUUCGAGGAAACCACAUCAUCUCCGGGAUGUGCGACAUGUGGCAGGGGAAGACCAUCAGGGUCCCGAAACUGAAGCCGUCUUUGCUGGGCUGUGACAUCAUCAAGGUGGACUACGCCCUCAUGAUCUACCUGCACAUCCCCGGGAGCGAGAAGCUGACGCUGGAGCUGCCUCUGGUCAUCGGCACCAUCCCGUUCAGCGGCGUCGGCAGCAGGACGAGCAGCGUGAGCAGCCAGGCCGGGUCCCUGAGCAGCUGGUCCUCCUUCCCCUCAGCCCCCCCCAGCUACAGUAACAUCCACAGAGACCUGAGAGUGGACGGUCCUCGCACGCCUUUGCUCCACGACUACGACGGCGGCGAGGAGGAAGAAGAGGAGGGGGGGCUCUUCAUGAGAGCGCCUGAACUAUACUACCCCCCUCCCCCCGCAUACAGCGAGGUGGAUCAGGACUCUGUCCACCCACCUCAGGCUGUUCAUGUGUUCUGAGGACGUCUGUGAUUCCCGGCGGUUCCAGAGCGAAGCGGCGAGCUCGGUGACGGCGGCGACUCCGCGUGUUGUGGUUCUGUGUUGUGUAGGUAAAAACACGGGAAACGUUUUGUUGUGAUAUUUGCUGUUUUUCAGUCGAACGUUCUGAUUGGUCGUUUUGUACGACGGUUAAAAAACUGCAGUUGUAAAUAUUUUGUAAAUAAAAUCAGAUGUUUAUUUUUUUA